CGGAAAAGAAUGUGCAACACUAAAAAAAAGUCAUAUGAUGGACCUGCCAUGAUCGUCAAAUUUCUCAAAGCUCUCACAGACCAGUCUCCCCUUCGUCGGAGCGCUUUCCAAUUUUCUCUCCAAACCACCAGUUAAUAAGGUGUAAUGGCGGGCAAGUGCAACAUAGAUGUGCCACUAUUUAAGUCCCAUUUGACCCCAACUUGUGUUGAUUGGAAGCAAGAGAUGGAAAGGAGCCAGUCUCAAGUGGAUGCAUUGGAAGCCAAACUUAUAGAGGUGAAGUCUUGCAUGUGGAAUUCUUCUUCUUCUGGAGAAGAAUCAGAGAAUGAGUUCGAUGUUCUUUGUCGUAGAGUAAGAACUGCUUCAACACUACUGACAUACCUGAAAACAAAAGCUGUAAAUCUCUCUUCUUUUGAUGAAGAAACAUGGAUUAAGCUUUCUAGUAGUAAUGAAGAUGAAGGAUGGGUUAGUGAGUUACUCAGAAGUGUACACACGGUUACAGACUUUAUGGAAAGACUUGUUAAGAGGGUUAUAAUGGCAGAAUCGGAAACUGCUAUUGAGAAGGUGAAGGUGAUAAUAGGAGAGGAAGAGAUUAGAAAGAGUGCACUUCAAAUUGAAACUAUGUCAGUUAAACUGGAAGAAAUGGAAAGAUUUAUACGGGGCACAAAACGUAUCUUUGACAAGAUGCGCCAGAGAGUUGAAGAUUUAGUCGACGAGACUUCUAGACAGAGAGAAAGAGCUGCAGAAAACGAGGAGGAGCUUUGUCGUGUUAAGCGGGACUUUGAAUCUCUAAAAUCAUAUGUUAGCAGUUUCAUUAGCGUGAGAGAAACUCUUCUUUCAUCUGAGAAGCAGUUUCAGACCAUUGAACGGCUCUUUGAACGGCUGGUGGAGAAAGCGAACCAGUUGGAGAGUGAGAAGGCGCAGAAAGAGGGUGAAGUGCAGAAACUCAUGGAAGAGAAUGUGAGGUUGAAUGCACUUGUCGACAUGAAAGAGGCCCAACUCUUGGCCAUGAAUGAGCAAUGCAAGCUCAUGGCGCUCGGCGCUUCCCAUUUCUAGCUUACUUUGACAUCACACUUCUUCUUCUUAGCCUACCACGAAGGUUUUUCACACUCAUUCGUCCCUCUAUUUUUAUACCUAUUUUUCGUCUGAUACCAUAUUUGGCAUAUUUUAUCUUUUUUUAUAAGAUCAAUAUCAACUACAUAAUCUUACUUUUUUUAAUUUCAACGUUGCUUAGUCCCUCGUGUCCCAAAAAAUAGUGGGACAGGAGUGUCUUACUACCCUCCCUAGAAUGAUUUCCCUUUAUUGAUUUUACAUUUCCCUAUUAAUUUUAUAUUUGUUUCACGGUUAAAGUGGGAUCUAUUAUUGUAUUUGAAAGUUUUGAUUUUCUUAUGUUGUAAAGUACUUAAUGAACUACAUUAUUCCGU